UAAGAAGUUCAUAUUUCAUUAAUGAGAAGUCAAAACAGUCCAGAAACGGGAUUGAUUCGUCAAUCGUCUGGUCAAAUGGUGGCUCAGACAAGCGUCGAAAAAGUUAUUGAAACUGCAAUUAUCAGCGCUGUCAAACGUUUUCAGUGCAAAGAUCAAGAGAAAGAAUUGACUUUUCCUUCAUCGUUCAAAUCCGCAGAACGAAAGUUCGUGCGACAAUUAUGUCGCGAUAUAAAAGGAUUUGAAUGCACCCAAAAAAGCAUUCGGGAUACAAGUGGGAAUGUGACCAAGAGCGUCGAGCUUGUGAUCAGAAAGCGAAGCAGUUGUGAGAUCAGACCGUUUGACCUGGUGUUAGAGAAACGCACGUUCACAAUCAUGAAUUUGCUGUUGUCCAAGCUGAAUGUAACUUCCAGGGAACAAGACGAGUUGAAUUGUAACGGCGUAGUACCUGUCACAAGUACAGUUGGACGGGUUCAAAGUGGUGCUUCCAGCAACCACAACUUGAACAGAGCUUCAUGUUACGAAGGAUCUUCACAGGCACUGCGCACGAAAGGCGCGUUGAGCUACCGAGCACCACAAGUACCGGGACCGCCAAAUGUUCCCAAGGAGGUGCAAGAAACUAGGGAGACGCUGGCCAUACACCACUACAGUGAGCAAAUUCUGAAGGCAUUGGAAAAGCAUAGAGUGACGGUGAUAAGUGGACCUGCUGCGUGUGGAAAGACUACCCAAGUUCCUCAGAUACUGCUUGAAGACUACCAUAGACGACAGGACAAAUGUUCGAUUCUAGUCAGUCAAUCGAGAGGUCAAACUGUCAUUUCAUCUGCGGAGAGAGUCUCGUACGAGAGAGGAGCCACAUCAUCCUCCUCCUCCAGUUGCCAUUCGCCCGCAAUUUCAUCCGACGGAGGCGUGAAUAAGAUGCAGAACACUUAUGGUUCAAGUGGAGCUAAUCCGAGAGAUAAACAGCCUGUUAAGUCAGCAGGAACUGUUGGAUACCAGGCGAACAAGCCGGAGCCGCAGAGCAAGGUGUCCGUGGACUCUGCUCUGACCUACUGCACCACAGACGUCCUCCUCAGGACCCUCCGGGACCCCAACUUCCUCGCAUUCAUCACUCACGUCAUCGUAGAUGACGUUCACGAGCGGAAAAUCAUGGGUGACUUCCUCUUGUUGGCUCUAAAACAGGCAAUGGACAAACACCCCAACCUCAAACUGAUUCUACUCACUUCCUCCUGUUGUCCCCAGCAGACUGAGGUGUUCGGAAGUUUCUUCCACUCCUGUUCUACUGUCAUCAAUGUGGGACAGAUGCAGGCAGAGUCGGAUGUUCCGAUUAAACAUAUGUAUCUCGGCGAUGUCUUGCAUGAGUUUGGGUACGACUCUGAUGAAAUGAAGCGACACAGGUCCCUCGCCCACAUGUCGGACGAGUGGAGUCACGUGGCCAAGCAGUGGGUGGAGUUACGUCACGAAUUGGAUAUGAAGAGAAAGGAGUCCACGUUGGGAAACUCUGGCUUGGAUGGAAAUUGUGCUGGUGAUGUCACUACUCUGGGAAGUAUGGCACUGGAGACAAGCCAGAAUGUAUUCGCAUGUGCCAUGCCAAAGUCAACAGUCGAAAUAUGCGACUUCUUUGACGGAGUUUCUUCCGACCUUCGACAAUCCCUAGACAACCUCCUGUUUGACCUCUGGAUAAACCCAAACUACGACAACAAUUCCCACUCACAACUUCGACAUAUCUUCCUUGACAGAAGAGAAGUGCCAGUUGACUUUGUGCACUCCCAUUCGGGACUGACAUUCUGUGAAAUAGCCGCAUCCAGGGGCUUAGUUCACACUGUGAAGAAUCUGCUCGCGUUGAGUUUGAAUUUCGAGACGUCAUGCGCAUUCAGAGCUCGAUUUCAAAAUGGACUCGGUGAGCUCAAGUCGCCACCGUGUGAGCUCGGAUUACUUCGCAACUAUUUCGAAGCCCACGAGGAAAAAAGGGUCAACUUGGACCUCGUCAGAAAUGUUAUUUGUGGACUGCUGAAACAAAUUGAUGCUCAUCGACAUCAAAAAGGCAAGCGCAUGGUCAAUUUAAUUAAAGGGUUCUAA